AUGGCUUCACGCCACGCGCAUCAGCUGUGUGGAGUCCAAGGCUGUCUGCAGUUUCUGGAGCCCAAGGCUUUCGUCGAAGAGCUGACCCGGCAAAGCUUCGCCAUCGUCUCUUGUCCAGCGGACGUGGCCAGGCCGGUCCGGUUGGCCAUGCAACGCGCCGAGGCUCUCCUUGGCAUCUCAGCAGCGACAGGGCUUUGCUUGAACUACAAGCGGCAGAAAGAUCUCAAACAGCGGCUUCAGGUGAGGCGCACUGGCAAUGGCCUCCAUGCCGCCGAAGAUGACCCAGCAAUCCUGUCAUCUUCCUUCGAGGUGAUGGAGGCAGUGGCGCAGGUGUCGAUGGAAGCAUGGUGCGACAGCCAAGGCUUCCCCUCGCAGGCGGCAAAGAGCCACUUCGGCGACCUGUCCUUCGGGGAGGAAGGAUAUCCCGAGCAGGGGCAUGGGGAUCCCGGUACUUCCGCAAAAGGCAAAUCGGUCUUAAAUCUUUACCAUUACUUCAACGAAGAUCCUGAAGAACCAUGCCGCCAGCAUGCGGAUCCGGGACUCGUGACCGUCCUUUGCUGCAGUAGCACCAGGAAGGGCUUGGAGGUCCGGCUGCCCCUCGAACCCGGUGGUGCACCCGGCUUGCCUGCCACCUAUGACGAGGAGUGGCAGGAUGUGGAAGCAGCGAUGGACCUGCGGCGUACCGACGCCCAAGUGUCCCAAGAUCCCAGCAACAGCGCACCGGAGGCCUUCUGCUUCCUCGUGAUCGUGGGCGAGACCUUGGAGCGCCUAAGUGCUGGCCAUCACCCCGCUUGCCUGCAUCGCGUGGCUCGAACAAGUGAGCCACGCUUCAAUAUGGCCUUUGAGCUCCGGCCUCGCUGCAACGUUUGGCACCCCUGGCAGCAGCUCCUCGCUCCUCAGAGCGGAUAG